UAUAUUCUCUCUCACUCCAAACAAAGAAGAAGAAGAAGAAGAAGAAGAAGAAGGAGCAACAAUGGCUGCUGAUCUUUUGUUCACAGAAGAAGAGAUGGCUAUUGACGAAGGUCUUGGGUACCCAAAAGCCUAUGCGAAGUUAUGUAGAGAUCACAGUGUUUGUCCGUACAUCCAUGGCCCACCUUUCACUUUCACUCCCUAUGCUCUGCAACAUCAUGAGGCUCUGAGAACAGGAGAAUUCGAUGAGAUGUUCCCAAUUAUUGACCUGAAAGCAAAACCCUCUGCCAAGCCCAAGAUUUUUGUCAGUCUUCUAUGGAAGCAACUCAACCACCUUGGGAAUGCUGGCUUCGACCCUGCAAUAAUCCGGGUAGACCCAUAUGGCAAUGUCCUGUAUUACCAUGCUGAUUCGGCUUCACCUCUCGCUUGGGAAAUCGAUCAUUGGUUUCCUUGCUCAAGGGGAGGAUUGACUGUUCCAAGCAAUCUAAGGAUACUACAGUGGCAAGUGUACAAAAAGAAGCAUAACAAGCUAGAAUUUCUCAUUCCAUGGUGGGAUCUUCAAGUGGGUAUCUCCAUCAACCAGUUCUUGUCGAUUUUUGCUUCUUCAAACUCGGAUUUCAGGCACAGGGCAUUUUCUUACUUGUUUUCGGAAGGUGAAAGUGAAGAACUAAACACUUCACAGACAGUGGAUUCUCAUACUUUCUCACAACAUUUCAUUGAAUUAAAAGAAAAAAUAGGCCUCGCUCCGGCUGCUAUUGUUGCAUCUAGAAGAGAAUCUUAUGAUGCUUCAUUGGCUCUGAAAUCGCUAGAUAUCAACAGAAGGCCGAGGUCAAACUCCCCCAUAAUCGCUGCGAGAAAAUUAAAAAUGAGUACAUCCAAAGAGAAUGAGAAUCCCGACACGGUUACCAAUCCAUAUCAGGCCAUUGUCGUUGCCAGAGAUUCUUUGAAGCGAAGAGAAGAAACUGCGAAGAUGCAAACAGAAAUACAGAAACUGGACAAUGAAGUGAAUGAACUCAAGCAAAAGACUGAAGAUGAGAAAGUUGCCAUCCAAGAGUUAGAGUUGGUGCUGAUAAAACGAAGAAGACGGGCUGAAAAGUGUCGUCGCCUAGCAGAGGCACAGUGUUCAUACAGGGCAAUGCUAGAGAAGAUGAUUCGAGAUGCUAUGCACCAGAGUGUUGUUUACAAGGAACAAGUGAGGUUGAACCAUGCAGCGACGAAUGCCCUAAUGGCACGACUUGAAGCUCAGAAAGCGAUUUGUGAUUCCUCAGAGAAAGAACUCCACAGAAAAUUCAAACAAAGAGAUGAGUUAGAGAAACAGAUAAAGCCUGAAGGGCAGCAUGCAAGGAAGAGAUCAAGAGUGGACAAUUCAGUAUUUGAAGAGGGAGGUGAUAGGACUGUUUUGUAUUUACCUGUAAACAAACCAAGGACACAUUUACUGCAAAAGGGAGACAGUAAGAAAGUCCUGUAUUUGCCAGGAAUUGAAUCAAAGACUGGGUUGCACAAGGAACUGAGAGUGUUCUUGGCAGAGGAACAGAAAGCAUCUGAAGCAGAAGAAAACGAAGAGGGAGAGAGAGAAAUUGUAAACAAUAUCAGCAAAGAUAGUCUGGAGGAUGAAAACCCAAUUGAGGAUAAGCUUCAAGCACUAACAAUAGGAGAGCAGGCAGAGAUAUAUAACAUUCAAUUUCCAGUCCUGCGUGAACCAGAAAAAGAGGAGGAUGAAGAAAGCAGAAGGCAGCGCGGAAAAGGAAAUGUAGAGAAGUGGCUUCAAAUGUUGUUGGAGGAUACCCCAGAUGGCAACGACACAAAUCCUCAAACUGUCGAUGAAAAUGAAAACACCAAGACAGAUGAAAUAAUCAAAAAGCUAAAUCUUAAAUAUGUAGAGAAGGACAUCAAGGCUCUAGGAUAUCAAGAAUCACAGGAUGCAGUUCAAAUGAAAGAUGAGGAAAAAACUGAAGAAGGUAUCGUUCAGAUUGAAGAUAGAAGGACACCCAAUAAAAACCCUCCCUACAAAUUAGUGACAGAGCAAAGCAAAGCAAAUGAAGUGUGUGCAGUUGGCAAAGGAGUAGAAAGUAGGAGCAGCUUUGAAGGGCAGGAGAUAAAGGAGAAGAAUGGGAAAGAAAAGGGGCCUAUGAGGUCUGAGAGUGCCAGGGCAUUUCGGCGAAUCCCGUCUUCUCCAUCUUUGAUUUUGGGUAUGAGAAAGAAAGUGGACUGCAUCAGGAAGAAGCCCUCAGUAAUUGGCGAUGAUGAUGAUGAUGAUGGUGAUGAGGAUCGUGCAGCGGAGAACAACUUCAUUAAGUCAUCCAUCAGGACAAUUAAGAAAGCAGUGAAGAUAUGAAUCAUAUGGAACUAUGUACCAUAUGAAUAAUUGUGUGUGUUUGUCUUUUUCCUGUGCUUGGUUUUUGUGUAUAAAUAUUUGAUUGUACCCAGAUAUGCAAUAACAACUAGUUGUUUGAUCA